GUCACUCACUUCAACAAGAAACACAUUGAGCCAAAAGCAUGGAGCAUUUCUAUCUUUCCCUCCUUCUCCUCUUCGUUUCUCUCGUCACCUUCUUCUUCUUCCUCCUUUUCCACAAGCACCGAUCUCCCUUCUCCGCCCCCAACCUCCCACCGGGAGCCACCGGUUUCCCGGUCAUCGGGGAGACUCUCCAGUUUCUCUCCACCGGAUGGAAAGGUCACCCGGAGAAGUUCAUUUUCGACCGCAUGAUCAAGUACUCCUCCAAGCUCUUCAAAACCUCCAUCCUAGGGGAACCCGCCGUGGUGUUCUGCGGCGCCGCCUCCAACAAGUUUUUGUUCUCGAACGAGAACAAGCUGGUGGCGGCGUGGUGGCCGGAGAGCGUGAACAAGGUGUUCCCCACGACGGUGCAGACGAACUCGAAGGAAGAAUCGAAGAAGAUGAGAAAGUUGCUCCCACAGUUCCUAAAACCCGAGGCUCUCCAACGCUACGUUCCCAUCAUGGACACCAUCGCACAGACCCACUUUUCUUCCCUUUGGGACAACCACACCCAUCUCACUGUCUAUCCCUUGGCCAAAAGGUACACGUUUAUGUUGGCGUGUCGUUUGUUUAUGAGCGUUGAGGAUGUGAAUCACGUGGCGAAAUUUGAGAACCCUUUUCAUCUUUUGGCGGCCGGAAUCAUAUCAGUGCCCAUCGAUCUUCCCGGAACGCCGUUCUACAAAGCUAUCAGAGCAGCAAAAAGCAUCAGAAAGGAGCUGUCGAAGAUCAUCAGAGAGAGGAAAGUUGCUUUGGGCCAAGGAAACGCUUCGCCAACACAAGACAUAUUGUCUCACAUGCUGCUCACGUGCGAUGAGAACGGACAUUUCAUGAGUGAAUUGGACAUUGCAGACAAGAUUCUCGGACUUUUGAUCGGUGGUCAUGACACUGCAAGUGCUGCAUGCACUUUCGUCGUCAAAUACCUCGCCGAUCUCCCUCACAUUUAUGAUGCAGUCUAUCGAGAGCAAAUGGAAAUUGCAAAGUCGAAAUUGCCGGGAGAGUUAUUGAAUUGGGAUGAUAUAAACAGGAUGAAAUAUUCUUGGAAUGUAGCUUGUGAAGUGAUGAGAAUUGCUCCUCCCCUUCAAGGAGGUUUUAGAGAAGCUAUCAAUGACUUUACUUUCAAUGGCUUCUCAAUUCCAAAGGGAUGGAAGUUGUACUGGAGUGCAAAUUCAACACACAAAAGUACAGAAUACUUUCGAGAACCAGAGAAAUUUGAUCCAAGCAGAUUCGAAGGAGAAGGACCAGCUCCUUACACUUUUGUGCCAUUCGGUGGAGGACCAAGAAUGUGCCCUGGAAAAGAGUAUGCAAGGUUGGAAAUCUUGGUUUUCAUGCACAACUUAGUGAAGAGGUUUAAGUGGGAAAAAGUGAUUCCAGAUGAAAAGAUCAUCGUUGAUCCCUUACCCAUUCCUGCAAAAAACCUCCCAAUUCGUCUUUACCCUCACAAACCCUAAAAACAUACACAAAAACUCUUCUGUGCUUCCUACAAAUCAAUCUACCAUACGCAUACAUAUAUAUACUUAUACUUCAAAUGUUUUC